GCCGUGUCUCUGCGCUCCGACGCCGGCUGACACAUUAACAGCUCUCCGCUCCAUCAGCUCUCCGCUCCAUCACUGCACGUCUCGCAGGCUCUGGGACUAGACACGUAUUCCAUGCAACACUUCGGAAGCUUUGGUGGCCUCCCACUGUGAAACCCCUUCUGACGCCCACUUGGAGGUCUGGAGCAACCUUUGAAGGCCUCGGGUGUACAGUUGGUCACCAGCGAGCUGACAGAGAUGAAGACAUGUGCUAUGUUUCUGGCAGCUCUGCUGCUCCCCAGCAUCCAAGCAGUGUGUCCAGAUAAAGAACCAGGACUGCAGCCAUGGAUGCCAGGGCACAGUGAAGACCAUCGUGUUACAAUUGGUUAUGGCAGGAAGGUCCUUCUUACAUCUUCAGCUACGGUCAACUCCAUUGAGAUUCUCAACGGAGGAAAGCUGGUGAUUGCUGACACCAACCGGGCCAUACUGCUUCGGACAAAAAGCAUUCUGAUUGGUAACAAAGGGGAGCUGCACAUUGGAAGCCCAGACUGUCCUUAUAAAGGCAACUUCACCAUCUCCCUCUUUGGAAGAUUGGAUGACAGUGAUACAGAACACAGCUAUUUUGGGAGGAAGUACAUUGGUGUGGGGACAGGAGGGACACUAGAGAUCCACGGACAAAAGAAGCUGUCAUGGACAUUUCUCAACAAGACCCUCCAUCCUGGAGAGAGCAACCAAAACAACUACCUGUUCCAGAGAAGUUGGGGGAACCGAGGCAUCAUCGUCCACAUUAUGAACCCCAAGACCGGACAGGUGCUGCAUAAUGACAGGUUUGACACAUAUCGUAGUAAGGAUGAGAGUCGCCGCCUUGCAAAGUAUGUGGAUGGUGUGGAGAUGGGAGUCAUACUGGCCAUGGUGGUCAAUGACGAGGGCUCCAACAACUUGGAUGACUCGGCCAAGAAGAGCCUCUCCAGGCUGGGCAGCCAACACAUCAACAGUCUAGGAUUUCGGUGA